GCAUUAACCACAGUGUACUGAACUCAACGAUUUUGCAGUCGUUUGUCUUCGCCGCUGUGAGAGACUCCCUGUAUCUACAAAUCUGUUGGAUGUUUGAAAUGGUCUCGCAAUUUUGUUAACCCUACGGUCGGACUCAAUGUUUGGUACAGGGAAACGUGUACCUCCAUGUAGAGCGGUGCAUAACUAUAAAUCCUGCACGCUUUUUGAAGAAGUUUUCAGUCUUGACGAGGAACUUGGAAUUGCACUUGCUGUGCUGAUUUACUUCUAUACUUGUUGUACUCUCUCUCUGAGCUUUAGUCCUGCGAUACUGAACAGGAAGGAGCGUUGACCAAGUUAUUUCUCAAGUUGAUGUCCUCCAGUUGAUCAACUUUCGUUAUGGAAGUUCAAACGAGUGGGAAGCCAAUUGACUCCGUUCUCGAUAGAGUUUUGUGCAUGAACAUUUUAUCAUCAGACUAUUUCAAAGAGCUUUUCCGACUCAAGACGUACCACGAAGUAAUAGAUGAGAUAUACAAUCAGGUGGACCAUGUUGAACCAUGGAUGACUGGGAACUGUAGGGGUCCUUCGACAGCUUUUUGCCUUCUGUACAAAUUUUUCACAAUGAAGCUCACGGUCAAGCAGAUGCAAGGAUUACUCAACCAUGGUGACUCGCCUUACAUUCGUGCGGUGGGAUUUUUGUACCUGCGGUAUGUCGGAGAUCCGAGAAGUUUAUGGGGAUGGUUCGAACAGUACGUUACGGACGAAGAGGAGUUUGCUCCAGGAUGUAAUGGAAAGAAGACCACGAUGGGUGUCUUUGUCUGCGAUCUUCUGUUGGAUCAGUACUACUUCGACACUCUCUUUCCACGAAUUCCCGUACCUGUUCUUCGGCAAAUAACUGCGAACCUCGAACGGAUGAAGCUCUCCGUACAGCCCGCUGGAGUAACCGGAACUGGUGGUCGUCAUUCAUCGGAUGAUACUGCACGCAGGCCUCCUUCAGUGAAAGCUGCAUUGUCGGUUUCGUUUGGGCAGCGAGCUCCUCAUCGAGCUUCCACUCGUGAUUCAUCCCCUAUUCGACGAUGUGCUUCCGUAUCACGGGAGUCGCGCACUCAGUUGAAUGAUCAGAGCAGUCUGCAGAAAAAAGGCGAGAGGGUGUUGACUGGUGCUAAUCUAGCCUCUUUCAGCCGUCAUGAAAGAGAUAGUAACAGGGAGAGGUCUGGAGAAUUUGACAAAGCGAGGGAAAGAACUAGGCAGAACCCAAGAAUAUUAGAUACUGAGAAUGUCCGAGACUCGGAACGGACCAGAGACUGGGACCGAGGAAGCCACCGUCACACUGAAUACUAUACCAGUAAAGAAAGCAGCAGAGGCAGGGACUCGAGAAUAAAUCGAGGGUAUGGGAGAUACAGAGAGGACAGUAGGUCAAGAGACUGUGAGAGAGAAGAAAGAUGGAAUUUGGACAGGAUAGAGAAGGGAAUUUGUAGAAAUCAGAGUAAACUCAAGGACCGCGAUAAUGGAAGAGAUAACACGGUGGGGAAGAAGUGGGAACGUUAUUAUGACGACAAGCAACGGAGCCGAAGCCGCAGCCGAAGCCGAAGCCCACGACGAGAAAAGACUGAGGUGGACUCGCUGUCAACGAGGGUUUCUCCUGGGCAAGCAAUCAUUCCUUCAUCAAAUCUAGCAAAACUACGAAAUGUGUACGGGGAUGGUAGUACCAAGAAUCAGGAUGCUAUGCACGACACUACUGAUUGCAAAAGUGAAAGUACAGAUAUAAUCCGUUUAGGUGGUGAUACGUGGAUUUGAGGUCACUACUUUUCCACGUACUGACCACGUCCGCACUGUACUAGAUUUCAGAGGUAUAUGAAGGCUUUCUGCUUUACAAAAUUUCGCCAUCAAGGCUUCUGACGAAGCCGUUCUUGCCAUUUGCAUGCUCCAUAUGGACAGAGAAAGACCACGGGUGUGAAAUGCUUAAAAGAAACUCUUGGUUGUAGGUUAAUAUAGUAUCUAUAUUCUUACCGGUUACUGAUGAUGCCACCUUGAGUGAAUCAAUUUCUUCAACCCAUUCUCUUUGAUGGGGUCUUCCAAUU